ACUCAAACAAGUUUCUGAAGGAGAGACAGCAGAGAGAGGGAGAGAGUAAAAGCUAAGAGAGAGAGCGAGACUGGGAGAGAAAAAGAGAGAGAUCAUUUUGGUUAUUAAGUAAUUAACAUACUAGUUAAUUAACUAUACUAGUCAUGGGUUUUAUCGAUGGAAAGUGGGCGCCGAUGAUCGUCAUAAUUGUGACUAACAUGAUUGCGGGAAUGGUUAACGCUUUGAUUAAGAAAGUUCUUGAUGGAGGCAUUAAUCAUAUGGUUAUUGCUACUUAUCGUUUGGGUAUUUCUACUCUUUUCCUUCUUCCAAUCGCUUAUUUUUGGGAACGGAAAACAAGACCAAAGCUAACUCUAAGCAUCUCAUGUCAGCUUUUCGUCAGUGCCCUUUUUGGGGCGAGUUUGAUGCAAUAUUUCUACCUGCUUGGACUCUCCUACACGUCUGCAACGCUGGGAUCUGCUUUCUGGGCCAUAAUGCCUUCUCUCACUUUCGUUAUGGCUUUAAUAUUUGGGUUCGAAAAGCUAACUUUGAAAACAAAAAUAGGAUACGGCGUCGUUCUUGGAACUUUGAUAUGCUUAGUAGGAGGUUUACUUCUUACUAUGUAUCAAGGCAUUCCAUUAACAAACUCUCAAGAACAAGCAGCAAAUUCAAACAACCACACAGGACAUGAGAAUUGGAUCAAAGGUUGUUUCUUUUUAUUGACCGGAGUUAUUCUUUUCAGUUCUUGGAUGCUUAUACAAGCCAAGAUCAACGUGAAUUACCCUUGUCCAUACUCGAGUACCGUUAUUUUGUCGGUCUUUGGUACACUUCAAUGCGCCCUUCUUAGUUUAAUAAAGACUAGACAUUUGGAAGAUUGGAUCCUCAGAGACGAGCUUACCAUCAUUACCGUCAUUAUAGCGGGCGUGGUUGCACAAGGAAUGUGUACGGUGGGCAUAUCGUGGUGUAUCAAACAACAAGGACCUGUCGUUUCCUCAUCAUUUAGUCCUGUCGUGCUUAUGUCUGCAACCUUGUUCGAUUUCUUGAUUCUCCAUCGUGUGAUUUAUUUGGGAAGCGUUAUCGGAUCGGUGGUGGUUGUGAUCGGUUUAUACAUAUUUUUAUGGAGUAGGAGUAAGCAAAUAGAAGAGUGUAAGAUCAUGAAGUUGCCUACUAAUACGGUGGAAGAAGAAAAGGAAGAGGAAGGCCGUACAAAUGUUAACAUGGGCCAGCUUUUGGUUAUACCGAUGACUCCUUGAUCUACUUCCCUAAACACUCUUGUUCAACGAGAAGGAUCGAUAUGUCUUCAGAAAUUAAAUAUGAAGAAGAGAAAAUGAUCGUUUUGAUUGUUUAUUGGACUAUUCAUCACUUGUAUUGUAACGUUUAGCUUUUUUGGAUUUUAAUGUUGCGGGAUUCAUUUGGAUAUUGUAAUUUGUUUAUAUGAAUAAACAGUAUCACAUUUG